UAUGGGAAUACUGGGAUAAUUUCUCCAUCUAAGUUAUAAACGGAUUCACCUCGCGGAUUUUUUUUGACUCGGUGAUUAAUAUACAGACGACGUGUAUCCAGCCAUCGCCUCCUGCAAAGUGCUUUGCCUGGGCUUUGUGGAAUUGCUAUUGUUAAUUUUGUUGAGUUCAAACAAAUACACAUAUAUAUACACACACACAACCAGUCACAUUUUUUUGUGUGUGUGGGGAAUUCUUGUGUGUGCAAUGGAUGGCCCUCGGUGCAGUGGGCUUCGCCGGAGUAGGCGAUCCAGAGCUCAGAGAAACCGAGACAGAAAAGCAAAGGGAGGAGGAGGAGGAGGAGGCACUUCGAGGGCGAUCAGCACUCUAUCCUCAUCAGGGUCUGAGCGAGAGGGCAGUCACAAAAAUCCCGCCUCAUCCCGUCCCAGACCCCCGCGACGUCGGAGGAAAGACUCCACUUCAGGAGAGGAAGAUCUCAUUGAUGGAUUUGGAAUAGCCAGUUUUGUCACCUUGGAAGCUCUCGAGAAAGACAUUGCACUAAAACCACACGAACGUCUAGAGAAACUUCAAAACCCUCUUGCAAAGAAAAAACGCAAUGAACUGCAAAAUGGCCUGAGUUUCCAUGCCAACAAGAACAGACACAGCUACCGCAAUGGAAGUUCUGACAGAGAAAAUGACCCCAGCUUGAGUCACAUUCAUGGGAAACAGAAACGUUUCCAGAAGAGGCACAGACAGCUCAAGCCUUCUCAGCACAGCUGCAGGGACAGUGACAGUGAAAGUGUCAGCAGUGAUUCUAAGGCUUCCAACCGGAGCUGCUCACAUGAAAGACUGAGUGAUAGCUCUGCACAUUCCAGUUUGGGAACUGGUUAUUUUUGUGACAGUGAAAGUGACCCAGAUGAGAAGGUUUCGGAUGCCACUUCAGAGAAACUUUUCCACACUACCACAAGUAAAGUUACUGACUUUAGUGUCAGCGCACUAACAACAAAUGACAACCGAGAAGCAAAAGGACCAAAUGUCCGCAAAAUAUCAGGGCUAGAACGAAGUCAAGAGAAAAGUCAAGAGGGCUGUAAAGACCAGCUGCUCCUGUUUGCUGUGGCUAAAGAGCCUGGUGCCAAGGCUCAGCCUCCACACCAGACCCAGCCCCUGCCCCUACCCCUGCCCCAGACCCAGCCCCAACCACAAACCCAGCCCCAACCCCAAACCCAACCCCAAAUCCAACCCCAACUCCAGUCACAAUCCCAGUCGAAACACAGCUCUCCAGUCCCUGCACAGACUCAGCUGCCACAGUUUCUGCCCCAGCAACAGUCAAAAGCUCUAUCACAAUCCCAGGGGCAAGGCCAACCACAAUCCCAACCCUCAUUUCCAUCUCAACCUCAACCUGUACCUCUACCCCAACCUCAACCUCAACCCAUAUCUCAGGCUCAAGUUCAAGCUCAAGCCCAGGUUCAGACUCCUCUGCACCAGCCUCAGCCACAGCCACCGCCUCAGCCACAGCUCCAGCCCCAGCCACCUUCUCCUGCACAGCCAGUUGUUCAAAGUCAGCUUCCAUCUCGGCCUACAUCGCGGAGCCUUCCACAAUCCCUUUCUGUGUACAGCAGCAGCCUCAGCCUAAACAGUGUGAGCAGCAGCAGAAGCAGCACUCCAGUCAAACCUCAAGCUCCUGCAGCACACAUUUCUCACCAUCCUUCCACUCCAAGUUUUUCUUUGGCACUAGCAGCCCACAACACUUCACAUACUUUUACACCUAGUUUGCAGCCUGCAAAUCAUUCGCAUCAUCCCACUAUGUUUGCCCCCCAUUCAGCUCUACCACCACCACCUCCACUGACGUCAAGUGCACUUCAGGUUCCAGGGCACCCUGCUGGUGCUGGCUAUUCAGAACAAGAACUUCUGCGGCAAGAGCUGAACACUCGAUUUCUGGCCUCUCAAAGUGCUGACCGAGGGGCGUCGUUGGGGCCACCUCCGUACAUGCGAGCGGAGUUCCACCAGCAUCAACACCAGCAUACCCAUCAGCACACUCAUCAGCACACGUUUGCCCCGUUCCCGCACACCAUUCCACCAACGGCCAUUAUGCCAACUCCUGCACCACCCAUGGUGCGUACCCAAGGCAGAAAUUUUGACAAAUACCCAACAAAAGUUGAUCCCUUCUACCGACACAGUUUGUUUCAUUCAUAUCCUCCGUCCAUGUCUGGAAUUCCUCCCAUGAUUCCACCUACAGGUCCUUUUGGCUCUCUGCAAGGAGCAUUUCAGCCUAAGACCUCCAAUCCGAUUGAUGUAGCAGGACGGCCUGGAGCAGUUCCCCAUACCCUGCUGCAAAAAGACCCCAGGCUGACAGAUCCAUUCAGGCCGAUGUUGAGGAAGCCUGGCAAGUGGUGUGCCAUGCAUGUCCACAUAGCAUGGCAGAUAUACCAUCACCAGCAAAAGGUCAAGCAGCAGAUGCAGUCCGAUCCACACAAACUCGACUUUGGCCUGAAGCCGGAGUUCCUAAGCCGGCCACCUGGCCCCAGCAUGUUUGGCGCUAUCCACCAUCCUCAUGAGCUAGCUCGCCCAGCAACUCUCUUCUCCACCGCUGGUACUACCCAUCCAAGUGGAAAUCCCUUUGGACCUCCACCUCAUCACAACAGCUUUCUGAGUCCAGCUGCUCACUUAGAGCCCUUUAAUAGACCAAGUGGUUUGAGUGGUCUGAGAUCCUUAAGUAACAGCGCCUUUGGUGGACUGGGGAACCCUUCAAUCACAUCCAACACAAUGUUCAGCCACAAAGAUGGCCCCAGUAUGCAGAGCUUUAGCAACCCUCACGAACCUUGGAAUCGACUCCACAGAACGCCACCUUCGUUUCCAACCCCACCCCCUUGGCUGAAGCCAGGGGAGCCAGAGCGCAGUUCCUCUGUAGCAGCUCAUGACAGAGAUAGAGAUGUAGAAAAACGAGACUCUUCUGUUAGUAAAGAUGAAAAAGAAAGGGAUAGUAUUGAGAAGCGACACUCCACCCAUGCAUCCUCACCUUCUGUAAAUCAAGUAAAUUCUUUGGGACACAAUCGCAGUUCCAGUGAGCACAACAGAAAUCAUGUAAAUAACGAACUGCGAGAUAAAGAAAAGCCCCGGGAACGGGAUCUCACAGAUAUUUGGAAGGACUCAUCUGUUGAUGAGCACAAAGUUAAGGAAAAUCAUGCUCUUGAGAAGGAAAGCCUGGGAUUGGAAAGCAGGAUUGUGGAAGAUUCCAGCAAGCAUAUGAAUCGAGUGAAUUCGCCCUAUAUCAGGCUACCGAGCACAGAUAACGCAAGAUCCAGCAGCAUUGCCAGCCGAGAUGUAGAUAGGAAAAGUGAGUCUUCAUAUGACCACCAGAAAAAGGCCAAUGAGGUUAAAGUGAAGGAGGAACGGAAAGAAGACAAUGAUAUUAUUUCUGAGGUGAUCCAGACACAAAGGUCUUCUGAGCAUUCUCAACCCACCUCGUUGCCCAAUGUCCAUCCUAACCCCUCGAUGACCUCCAUGCCUAUGGCUAUGGCCAUGAGUGGGGUGCAUCCCAUGAAUAGCAUUAAUACAUUGGACAGGACACGAAUGGUAGCUCCUUUUAUGGGGAUCAGUCCAAUACCAGGAAGUGAGCGCUUUCCCUAUCCCCCUUUCCACUGGGAUCCAAUGAGGGAUCCUUUGAGAGAUCCCUAUAGGGGAUUAGACAUUCAUCGGAGAGAUCCACUAGCCAGAGAUUUCUUGUUAAGAAGUGAUCCCUUGCAACGGCUGUCAGCACCAAGGUUUUAUGAGACAGAACGUUCAUACAGGGACAGGGAGCCCCAUGACUAUAGUCGUGAUCAUCCAUUAGCAAUCGACCCUAGGCGUGAACAUGAGAGAAUGAGCCACUUGGAAGAACGCGAAAGAUUGAACAUGCUUAGAGACGACUAUGAACAUGGCCGCCUGCAUCCCAUUCAUGCAGCUACCCUGGAUGGUCACAUGCCUCAUCCAAGCCUCUUGACACCUGGGCUUCCCAGCAUGCACUAUCCCAGAGUGAGCCCUUCAGCAGCACAUCAAAAUGGCAUCCUUAAUAAGACUCCUCCCACAGCAGCGCUGAGUGCCCCUCCCCCUCUCAUACCAACAGGUGGAGCACGUGCUGGUUCUCCAAGAAGGACUACUCCCUUGACAAACACAGAGACACGGGAAAGGCCACCUUCUCACACACACAAAGACAUUGAAGCACGAUAAUGCAAACAUGAAAUUAUCAACCAAUCUAACUUAUUAAAGACACCCUGUCAGUAAAGGCAACUUUUGUAGUGUGAGAACCCACCAAAUGAAGCAUUGGACUUCAGUGGACCCUACUCAGUGGGUGUGGCCUCCGCCACCAUAAAAAUGUAAAAAUACUUUGCAGGAAAUACAGUUUUGUACAUUUUAAGUUUAAAUUUUGCAAAUGUUUAAUGUCAAUUUGUUCCUUAUUUCCUGUUAAUUUUAUUUGUAGUAUAUAUAUAAAAAAUGUGUUGUGAAGAAAGAGCAAGCUAAAAAGAGUAACUGCUAUAUUUAUCAAGAAUUUGGGUAUGUGGUAAAUGAGGCAACCUGAGGAGAGCUGAAUUGUCUUUGAAAUAUUAUGGUUAAGACUUGGAGUGAAGGCAUCAGGCUGUAUAGACAAUUGUGUAUAAAGGUAGUUCCUUGGUUGGAUGGGACUUGGUACAUAUAUGCAAAAAGGAAGAGACAAAAAGCUUUACCAUGUACAAAUGUAAAUAAAUUUAAGGGCAGCUGUGUAACAGCUGAUUCAGAAGUGUUGGACAAAGCGUGCUAUUGGGAGAUUAAUUAUCUGUUAACACAGUCUGCUUGUGCUGUGUUAGAUAACUUUUUUUGUGGCUGUACAGAUAUUCCCAACUAUGCAAGCAGGUGAAUGCCCUGGCUUUUCAUCCAAAAGUCUGCAUUCCUCAACGGAGCCUUUUCAACACACAAUUCACUUAACUGCAAGUCUAGCACAUUACAUUGUGUCUGAGGAUUGUAAACUAUGUUGAUGAAGUAAAAUUAGUUCUGUUGGUCUAAUAGUGUAUUAAAGUGCUAUCUGAAGUUGUUUAUUCUGUUUUGAAAAAAUUCUAUCUAUGACAGUUGUUUCUUAUGAGCAGAGAUCUAUUUUAGUAGUCACCUGAAGGUUUAGUUGUGCGCUUCAAAUUUGUGAACUCCUGAUGUUGUGCAGUGUUUUUGAGGAACAAAAAAUAAUGUACACUGGAUCAGUAGUGCUAGAACUCAAUAUUGCCUAUAGAUUUUCAUUUGCAGAUAUGCUGUUUACCAUGUACGUAAUGAAGUCCUUUACAGAUCCUAUUGUAAAGUGAA